AUGCGGGACGGGCAGGAGCACGAGAAAGAAACUUUCAUUGAAUCCGGAGUCGAUAGCAGAAUACUUGCACCCGAUUUCUCGAUGCGGAUCAAAGAGGCCUCGACAGAAGAAGGUAGGUGCCCUGUCCAAUCCUUGCCUGUUGGUUCCUGCGGAUCUCCGGUUACACCAACAUCAAAAGGCCCGUAUUUGAUUGGCGAGUCAGAAGUCGCAGCUGAGCCUGCGCCUUGCUUAUUGGCGAAGCAGGCAAGACCCGUCACCCGUCUCCGUGAGGGAAUGUCUUCAUCAAGACGAAUAUACUCUCGACACCUUCCCAGUCCACCAAGGCCACGUCCAACAGAUCCCGUCCUUGUUCCAAUGUCUCAAGCAAUAACCACCGAAACUCCUCCGCGUCGUCCGAGUUCACAUUCGAAUGUUUCUGCAAGGUCUGCAAGUUCUGCGGGCAGCUUAACGGACAAUGAUACAAUCUUCGAUCUCAACCCCUCGAGAGCGCAGACUCCAACCUCCCCUCUCACCCCAGGGGAGAUAUCCCCGAACCUUUCUAGUUGCCCGCAGUUCGGUAAAACCACCGAGAGUAGGAGUUCUGUUAGGUCUCUGGGAGAGCAACUACUUGACCACGAACCGGCGGAGAAGCGUCUCUACGAGAUUCUAUCAGAGGUCGCGGUUUCAAUAUACGAUACGCCCUCAAAACGGAAGAUCGAUCUAUUGAAGCAACAGCGGUCCCAUGUCCCCAGAAUUCCAGGUAGAUUCGAAUCUCAAGAUACCGACACCGAUAUGGGUGUCGAGUAUUUCUCUUCUGAUCCCGCCACUUCCAAAUCGGCUCAGCAGGUCGAUGAGGCACGCCAAAUUCUUGGAGACUUUGUUGAUGCUCCCACCGUCCUAUCCUUGAUGCAACAGGCGCACCACUUGAGGACAGCAGAUUGGCAAGUUCUUGCAAACAUUUAUAAGGAACAUAAGAAGGCGAGAUACGACGUGCAGCAUUUGAUCCAAGUUCUGCGAAUCAGGACACAAAAGAUUCAAAGCAAUUCAAUACCCCGGAUGGUACCAGAGCCUGCUCAUCGACCAAAAGAUCCAAGAUUCAGAAAAUGGAAGAGCCCGAAACACCCUCGCGAGAUAAACAACAAUAUCUACAAUUGCAUUAAGAGCCAUCACGAGGCUGCCAAAAAGCCUGCCAAAAAGCCAAUCAAACAUUUGACGCCAGGCUGGAUAUACGUAUUCGAGUCGCCCACAGAAGCACCCAACCACGUUAAAAUUGGAAAGACAUUGAAAGAUCCUCAAAAGCGUAAGAUCCAGUGGGAGAUGUGUGGCCUUCCGUUGGUAGAGGUCGACGACAACUACAGGAACGCGUUUGAUCACUACUCAGUCGUUGAAUCGCUCAUUAAGGCCGAGCUACACAAUGAUAGGAGAAAGUAUAAGUGUACCCAUGAACACCAUGCUCCUAAGCAGUGGGUGGAGCAUGAAGAAUGGUACGAAAUUGAUAAACAAACAGCGCUGAAAAGUGUCCAUCGUUGGAGGAAUUGGAUAAUAAGUCUGAGACCAUUUGACGACAGUGGACUAUUGACACCCUACUGGCAUUGGAGGGUACGAAAGCUGCCAAGAUUUAUCGACGAUGUAAAUUGGGAUUGUUGGACCCAACCAAGAUCAUUGGACUAUAUCGACUAUCAGUUGGAAGAAUUCGGGAAAGGGUAUUAUGCCCAUAUCAAGGCACAUCUCUGUCGAAAGGACUUUCACUUCUGUUUGACUGGUGGGAUGAUGGUGUUCAUUUUGCAUACACAGUUUGGAAUGGUUGGUGCAAUAUGGGGAUUUCUGGCACUGCUUAUUUUGUAA